AUGGCGGCCAACGGUACAGCUGACCAUGCCGCUGAAACCCUGGCAUCUUACCUGAAGCAACUCCUCCCUUCAGAAUCUCGUUCUCAGCUGCGAGACACUGUCCUGCCAAAACUACUACACACCAUCUCCCUGGUCGCCAGAGCCCUGCGGGAGUCCCAGCACAUCGCCCUCGCCGGCACCGCCAACGCCUUCGGAGACGACCAGCUCAACGUCGACGUCAUAGCGGAGGACCUCAUCCGGGCCGCGCUGGCAGAGUGCCCGGCCGUGGUGGCGGCGAGCAGCGAAGAAGACCCCGUCGAGCGGCACCAGCACCUCGGACGCGAGCAGAUAUCGGAGGAGCAGUACACCGUCGCCUUCGACCCGCUGGACGGCAGCUCCAUCAUCGCGCCGAACUGGACCGUCGGGACCAUCAUCGGCAUCUGGGACGGAGCGACGGCGCUGAACCAGGACCCGCGGGAGAAGCAGAUCGGCGCCAUCCUGGGCGUGCUCGGCCCGCGCGCCACCGCCAUCAUCGCGCUGCGGGUCCCCGGCUCGGAGCCCGCCUGCUUCGAGGUCGGGUUCCGCGAUGACCAAGCCUCCACCGAGAUCACCAUCACCCGGCCGGCCGUGCGCCUCGCGCCGCCGCCCUUCAAGACGCGCUACUUCGCGCCGGCGAACCUGCGCGCGGCGGCCGAGGACGAGCGGUACAUGGCGCUCGUCGCGCGCUUCGUGAAGGACAAGUACACGCUGCGCUACUCGGGCGGCCUGGUUCCGGACGUCGCGCACGCGCUGUCCAAGGGCCACGGCGUGUACGUCUCGCCCGUGACGGGCGGGAGCGGCGCCAAGCUGCGCCGGCUGUACGAGCUGUGCCCCGUGGCGCUGGUCGCCGAGUGCGCCGGCGGCCGGGCGGUCGACCCCGCGGGCGGGAGGGACGUCCUGGCCGUGCCGGUCCGGGACUGCGACGAGCGAGGAGGGCUUGUGUGCGGGACCGGGGAGGAUGUCGAGAUGGUCGCUGCUGCGUUGGGGGCGUAG